UUCUCUGCUCAGCACUGCUCAUUUCUAGUACCGUCACCUCUUCGAGGCUCACUAAUGUCCACGUUGGCGAAGGACGAACUCGCACACUCUGUGCAGAACCAUGCUGAUCAUGAUGUUCAUUCAGGGAACUCCACGCCUGAGAAUCCUGAAGGUCUUAGUAAGUCGGCAUUGAAGAAGCUGAAGAAGCAGGAGAAGGCGGGUAAGAAGAACAAGAUGAGUAAAGAGGAGAAGGAAGCACUCUUCCAGGGUAAGAAUAAGGGUAAAAAGGAGACGAAGCCCGUCCCUCAGAAGAAGCAGCCAUAUGUGAAUAAAACCCCAAUUGGCGAGAAGAAGGAUUUGUCCGAGCCAAUGGCUGAUUCUUAUGACCCUGCGGCAGUGGAAUCUGCCUGGUAUGACUGGUGGCGUAAGCAAGGGUACUUCCAUGCUGACGCUCAGAAGGCCAUGAACACUGUGGACUCCCAGAAAUUCGUCAUGUGCUUACCGCCCCCUAAUGUCACUGGUACCCUCCAUUUGGGUCAUGCCUUGAUGUGCUGUAUCCAAGACAGUAUGACUAGGUGGCAUCGGAUGAUGGGUCAUCAGACAUUGUGGAUCCCUGGUACGGAUCAUGCCGGUAUCGCCACUCAGUCUGUUGUGGAGAACUUGCUUUUGCGUGAGGAGGGCCUUUCUAGGCACGACUUGGGUCGUGAAAGGUUCCUGGAGAGGGUUUGGGCAUGGAAGAACGAAAAGGGCAACACCAUCUGCAAACAGAUGGAGCGCUUAGCGAGUUCCUUGGACUGGGACCGUCAGUUCUUCACCAUGGAUGAUAACCUUUCCACUGCUGUCAAGGAGGCAUUCGUUCGGUUUUACGAUGAGGGCAAGAUUUACCGUGACACUAGGUUGGUCAAUUGGUGCCCCUAUCUGCGCACGGCACUCAGUGAUCUCGAGGUUGACCAUAUCGACAUCGACAAGAGGACCCUUCUCUCGGUUCCUGGUCUCCCUGAUGCCAAGGUAGAGGUGGGUGUUUUGGUUGAAUUCAAGUAUCCUCUCAAGGAGGACCCUACCAAGUUUGUUCAUAUCGCUACUACCCGUCUGGAGACCAUGCUGGGUGAUGUAGCUGUGGCCGUAAACCCCAAGGAUGAUCGUUUUACUCACCUUAUUGGCAAGGAGCUGGUCCACCCCUUCAUCCCUGAUAGGAAGAUGGUCGUUAUUGCUGACGACUAUGUUUCUAUGGACUUUGGUACUGGUUGUGUGAAGAUCACACCGGCCCAUGACCCCAACGAUUUCGCCAUCGGUCGUCGACAUCAAUUGCCGGAGAUUAACAUCCUCAAUGAUGAUGGCACUAUGAACGAUAACUGUGGUGAGUUCGCUGGCCAGCAUCGCUUCAUCGCACGUAGGACUGUUGAGGAGCGCUUGAAGGAGCUUGGUCUCUUCGUUGGAAAGACUGAUAACGCGAUGAAGGUCCCUCUGUGUUCCAAGUCUAAGGAUAUCGUUGAACCUGUGCUGAAGCCUCAGUGGUGGAUGGACUGCAGCAAGGAGGCUGCUCGUGGGGUCCAAGCUGUGAAGGAAGGCAAGCUGAAGAUCGAGCCUAGUUACUACGAGAGCACUUGGUUCAACUGGCUUGAGAACAUCCGUGACUGGUGUGUAUCUCGUCAGUUGUGGUGGGGUCAUCGUAUCCCUGCCUAUAAGGUGGUGAAGCCGUGCUACACUGAGGAGCAGUGGUUCGUCGGCCGGAAUGAGGCUGAGGCACUGCAGAGGGCUUCAGAGAAGCUCGGCAUCCCUGAGAGUGACCUCGAGCUGGCCCAGGAUCCUGAUGUUUUGGAUACCUGGUUCUCGAGUGGACUCCUCCCUAUGUCGGCUCUCGGGUGGCCUAACAUGAAUACUGAUGACAUGAAGGCAUUCUUCCCCAGCUCGGUCCUCGAGACUGGGCACGAUAUUCUCUUCUUCUGGGUAGCACGUAUGGUGAUGAUGUCCUUGGCCCUCACUGACGAGCUCCCCUUCCACACUGUAUGCUUGCAUGCUAUGGUACGUGACGCUCACGGUCGUAAGAUGUCCAAGUCCCUUGGUAACGUCAUUGACCCUCUUGAGGUUAUGUCGGGUAUUGGCCUCCCUGAGCUACAGGAGAAGCUGAAGCAUGGUAACUUGCCUGAGAGGGAGAUCAAGAAGGCUAUGAAGGGUCAAGAGAAGGACUUCCCUGAUGGAAUCCCUGAGUGUGGAUCUGAUGCUCUAAGGUUUGGUCUCCUAGCGUACACUGGUCAGGCUCGCAGUGUGAACCUUGAUAUCAACAGGGUGGUAUCUUAUCGAUACUUCUGCAAUAAGUUGUGGAAUGUGAUGAAGUUCGCCUUGCCGAACUUUGGUGACAACUUCACGUCCAAGGGUCUUCCCCUCGAUGCCAAGCUCGAGUGGGAGGACAAAUGGAUCCUUUCAAGACUCUCCGAUGCAGCAGGGGCUGCUAACAAGGGUAUCAAGGAGUUCAACUUUAGUGAUGCUACGACGGCUACCUACAACUUCUGGCUUUACGAUUUCUGCGACUACUAUUUGGAACUCGUGAAGAAGCGUUUCCGUGCUCUCGAGGGUGGCGACUCUGAGGAGCUCCGGAUCGCUAGAGAGGUGUUGUACAUAUGCUUGGAUCGUGGUCUAAGACUUCUUCAUCCCCUGCUCCCCUUCGUGACAGAGGAGCUCUAUCAGAGGAUCCCUGAUGGCAUCACUAAGGCAGAAUCCAUUGUCAUUGCUGAUUACCCUCAAGCAGUGAUGUCUUGGAGGAACCUCGCUGUGGAAGAGGAGAUGGUACUUCUUCAGUCCACUACAUCGUCCUUGAGAUCUCAAGCUGCAUCACUUGGCUUGCCACCGAAGGCGAGACCGCAUGCUUAUAUCCGUGCUGCUGACCCUGAAGCCCGACGAGUAUUGCCUAAGAUUGCCGAUCACGUAGCUACUAUGGCUAAGCUGUCGUCCCUCAAUGUCAUCGAUGAUGCCAGUGAGGCUCCUGUUGGCACUAUUGCGAACGUCGUUUCUGAGCAUGUUACCACUUAUAUGGAGGUGGCUGGACUAGUCGAUCUCGCAGCUGAGUUGAAGAAGCUCGAGAAGAAGAUGGGAAUUACCCAGCACAACUUGCAGACAUACGUCUCGAAGAGAGAGGUACCGGACUAUGAGGAGAAGGUGCCCCCGCAAGUUCGUCAUGCCAACGCUGCUAAGGAGGAUUCUUAUAGAGCUGAACUUGCUGAGCAGGAGAAGGUGAUCGCCCAGAUCAAGGCGGCCAUGGAAGUCACUGCAUAGAUGAACACUUGCUAACGUUACUGUAGAGUACUUGCCUAUCUUCAUCUCCAUCAUCAAUCCUGUAUGUACUGUGGAUAUUGACAGAACUCGUGACGGUGGCAGAUGCGCUGUUUCUAUUGCGUCUAGAGGUGCGUCUGUUUGUUCUAUAGCUGCCUCAGCACGCCUUCGCACGAU